UAGUAGCAAACACACGCGUGUGUGUGUUAUAAUAGUAUAUAAUUUAAAAAUUAGAAAUUUAUUAUGAUGAUGGAAUUGACCACUUCUAUUGAAUAAAAGUCGUAGAAUUCAGGCAUGUGGAAGGUCGUAUAAGAUCUAAUUAAUGCAUGAAUUUUAUUAAUUUGUGCCACGAAAGCUGGCACACAUUAUGUACGACAUGGCCUACAGCGAAUAAGAAAUACCCGGUGAGAGUGCGACAGUCUGGCCGCAGACUGAAGAGCCUGCUGUGGUGGCAUCCGUGCCUGUUGUCAGGAACAUGUCUCGAAAUGAGGUUCUCACUGCCACCUGCGCUGAUUCAAAUGGGAAGACGAGCAUUGAAGUGAGCGAGGUGCCACUGGAAGAUCAGGACGUGGCUGAACGUUGCCUCUACGUUUCUGACGCCAGCGCUGCUGUGCAGAGCUACUCUUUGCCGUCUAUCCACGGUCUAGCAUGGAGACCGUCCGAGUACUGUUCAUCGCCUCCAUCUUAUGACUCGAGUUCAGCGUCCGCAAUACGGCGCUUCAAGGAGUUGCCUGUUCGCUGCCACCUGUGCCGUAGGAGCAAGUCAUUCACUCGUCCUCUAUCACUGAUGCUUCAUAUCCACAAGUUCCACGUGAGGAAGGCUGUGCAAGUGGCUGGCUACACCCUCCUGUGCUGUCACUUGUGCGCUCACCGCAACGCUCACUAUCAUUGUCCUCACUGCUCAUAUUCCUCCUCUAGCAUGACAGACAUCAAGCGGCAUUUUCUAACACAUAGUCGCAGCCAAACAGCCACCUCACAUUCCUCCAAGAAACAAAAAUACCCUUCUAUUCUGCGAAUAAACUUGAAUAAACGGGAACUUCUAGCAUUUUCUAAACAAUUUUCUGAUGUUUGGUUGAGAAGGCAUCGAGGAGCACGUGCCCGAGGUUAUUCCAGAAGUACGAGUUACGUCGUCUCUGAUUUUGUUGAUACGUUUGUUUCUAGCUCUGUUCCUAGACAUUCUUUUGAAAGUAUCUCAGACGAAAAGAGAGUUUUGCGAGAACAUAAUUGUUCUUCAGGAUUAGAUGCAUGUCCAGCGAUUGAAGAUACUAUGAAUGAAAUCAAGAAAGAACCGCUGCUAGAUUACGAGAUUGGGGACGUUACUGUGCCACCAUUGUUCCCAGUCGACAGUAUUGCUGUGAAGGCAGAAGGCGACGAGUCAUCCGAUGUUUUAGUGCACGUUUUCCCUUCAGAAGAGGUGUCUCGGAACUGGCGUUUGAGUCUCCCUGCUUCUAUCCAAGCAGCCUUUGACAAGCUGUCGUCUGAGAGGUGCUAUCUCUGCUCUCAAAAUCUUAUAUUUGAAUCUAAGUUGGCUUUAGAAAUUCAUUUUUACCGGCAUCACGUCCGCCACAGUAUCGUGGAGUUCGACUGCUGCGUUGGUCUGGUAUGCAACCUUGGUUGCUAUGGCAUGGACAGACACUGCCACUGCCACAGAUGUUCUUUCCUGGCUGAGGAUCUCAUAGAGGUGCGUACUCACUAUGCUAAGUACCACGCUGCUGGCGGCGACAGGAAGAAACAUCAGGGUUCCAACUCGGCAAAAAAUAAAUACUCAAGUGACAGAUUAUGCAACGCUCAAAAUCAAGCCUUUGCAGCGGAUCGUCUCUCACAGAUCACCGGUCUAGAAUGUUCAACUCUCCUGUGUCAGCUUUUAGAGUUAGAAGUUGAUGCCGACGCUGCUGUCAUUUGCCCCAUGAUUCCAUCGCGGGUGCGUGAGAGCAUCGUGCUGGAUGCUGUUACUUUACAUGCACAAAUCAGGCCUCCUUAUUGUUUACUAUGCGACGACGGUCGCGAGUACAAGACUUCCAGGCUGUUAUUGCAACAUUUUCAGCGCAGCCACGUAAAGCGCGCUAACAGAAGCUGUGCUUUGCCGUCUCUCAUGUGCCGCCUCUCGUGCAAAGGCUUCUGCAGAGGUCAUUAUCACUGCCCUCUCUGUCCCUACGUCAUGCAUGACCUGACGAAGCUCAAGGUGCAUCAGCAGAAGUUGCAUGGUUGCGCACUCGGCAACGCUAAUAAGGAGCUGUUUGCUGGUCGCACCAUCACUGCUGAGAGCCUCGCCAGGCUUGAAGGAGGCGAAGACGCCGUGAGGGAGAAAACGUGUCGAGGAAGUCAUGUCCGACACAAGACCAGACCUCUUGUGGCGAAUAUGGAAGGAUCAGACGUUCCAUGCCCGCUUCCUGUUUCAAUCGUGCAAGACAUUGCCUCGGCUCGGUCCCUGCUGUCUCUGCCAGACUGCUAUCUCUGUCGUUUUGAGCGGAACUUUUUCACCGAACGUCGACUUGCGGAUCAUUUCGAGCGGAUGCAUAUGAAACGGUCCGUAGACUUCCCGCCAUACCGCAUCCUGAGCUGUCACUUGCACAACGACAAGUACCGAGACCGCGGCCACUUCCACUGCCCUUGGUGCUUCUUUGUAACCCACGACAGGCUCAUCCUCCGCUCUCAUCUUACAAAACACUCGUGCAAACUGAAGCUGGCUAACCGAACUCUCGAAGCUCCUAAAAAUUGCUGUGAAGGAAGAGAAAUUACCGGCCCUUCCCGCGAUAAAGAAGCGGUCCGGCCUGUAAUGCGACGUUGUGGCAAAACCCAAUUACGUCUCUGGAAACAACGUUUCAACGCAUACGUCAACCGUAACUUGGGUUCUGAGUUGGGCUGCGUUUUGCGUCUCGUGAAUCGUCGCAUGCGUCAGCAAAUCACAAAUUUAAUCAACGAAGGAAUUUCCGACGCCAGCCAGAAAUGUCCUGCCUCCGAAUUCCGCCUCGUUGAAACCCCGAAACCUGCUAAGCAACUUGUGAAGAUUACCUCUACCGCACGGGCACAGGAUGUAACAUCCACUCAUCGCUGGCCUGAAGCUCCUUCCCCCGGUGGCGUGGGCGUCUCCAAUAUAAUAAGGACCUCAGGAGACGCUUCAGGCUCUGAGUCUCCUGGAGUGGCGGGCCACGAGGAGUUAUUUGACGUGCUCUACAGCGCCCACGUCACUGCAUCUGGUGUACAUGUGCCUGCUUCAGACAUGGUCUCACACCUGCCACGACAGUUUGCCCUCACUCCUCGCCGCGUUGUGAUGAAAUUUAUUGAGUGGUGCCCUGUGUGCCAGAGGGCGGCGCGCCAGUCCUUCACCCAGAACAACAACGUCAAGCUUCUUAAAUCUGACGGCUUCUCCACCGACGACGGUACCGUGAUGAAGGCUGCAAGUCGUGACGACGUCAUGACAAUCCGACGUGUCACUGUUGAGAUGUUCACGCAACUGCAAACUUCGGCGACUCUUUCUCCUGGACCAGGCGGAAGAGAAGAAGAUUCUUCUGUACGACAACUGUCCGAAAUUGAAACCCCUGCAGCUAUAUUCAAGGGUGGUUUGGAGGCUGGUGCAUUGCUUGGUGCUGCUCAUCGUGAAGUGUCUCAGGAUUCACGAAACUUUUUCGCUCCCAUGGGUGGUUUGGGUUCAUUAGCAGAAAAUUCUACUGCUUCUUCCUGUGAGCUUCGAGGUUCCGAAGAGAAGAGGUCCUUCUCAGCUAAUCGUUUCAUGGAUGUGAUGCUAGUGAACGUGAUAGACAUGCGUGACCACCCUGACCGCGGCCACCACUACAUCGUGCACUGCCAGGACGCGCACACGAGGCUGCACUUCUUGCUUGCGCUGCGCCAGCUCAGACCGUCACACAUCGCCCGCUGCAUCAUCCGCAAGGUGCUUGCGGUGACCGGAGUGCCUGCCCUGAUAGUCAGCAACAACGGAAACGAGUUUGUGCAGUCACUAGUGAGCCAGAUCAGCCUCAUGUGGACUGGCUCGUGCAGCGCUCUCGUUGACAACUGCAAGUCGCAGAGCGCAGCGGCGGCUCGCAGCGACAUCGUGUGCGACAGCAGCGACGUGCUAAGGGAGCUCACGCGCCGCCUGCUCGACGCCCUGCACGACCAGCGACACGUUUCCUGGACUCUCUGGCUCCCGUAUAUCCAGUAUACCCUGAACACCGAGACGAAGUUGCCACAACUUACGCCUUUUCAAGCGGUGUUCAGACGCAGCGUGGCGGGCGCUGUGAAGAAAGCUGACGUCACACCUCAUGACUUGCAGGAUGUUGCAGAUAACAUUCUAGGUUACUGUCCUCCCCACUCACCUUCUGAAAGCAGUGACGCUGAGGAGACUUCUAAAGAAGAAGAAAACAACGUUGAGGUCAUGGAUGUCACAACAGCAAGCUUUUCGGUGGACGAUGGUAUCCUGAAUUACGUUGAAGUGAUUUUACCAAAGGAAGAAGAUUUUGGUGCAAGAAGCGAUCAACCUGAGAUGACUGCACCGCUUGUUAAUGCAUUCAAGGUUCAAGCUGAAAUAGAUAGAAUAAAAACUUCGGAUAGAUUCUCUCAAGAAGUUUCUGGUAAGCUCGAAAACAGCGGUCAAGGAGACCUCAACCCGCACGGCGUUCGUGACGCCAUGAUUGACCCGCAGGGCUCAGGACUUCCUGAAUCCACUUCUCUCAGGCUCUCUGGUCCAAACGUUGUUCCUGUCGGAAUCUUUCCUUCACUUGACUCAGACGGGUCCGACGACAGUUUAUUUGUUUAAAUCCAUGUUAGUUAAGUAUUGCUACCUGCGAAUAAUUUUUUCCAGCUUAUUAAAGUUCAGUGUUAACCACUUCUGGCCCAGUGGUUAAAGUUCAGAGUACUAAGAUUGUCGCAGAGAGGUGCGGCUUGGAGCAGAGAGGUCCCAGCCCUGUGCGCCAGUUUCUGGUCAGAAUCGGCGAGGAGGCCGGGCGGUUAAGCA